CAUCACUUCAGGAGAACCGGAAUCCAUCUCCAAGCCAAGUCUAUCUAUCGUCCAGUCUUUGGCCUGCUUGCGCUAUCCCUUGGUAGGCUCGCCGCAGCGGCAACCCUUCUCCAGCCACACCUACGCGCACUCCUCGAACCGCUCUUUCCUCUCUCGCGUGAACUGGGGAGUCCCGAAAGCGCGCCAUAUUAUGGUGUCACGCUAUUAGGCCACAACUGUCGUGACUAGGCCUGUUGUUGGGCGGCACUGGGUCCGUGCGUAGCACUCGUUGCGCUGCUCUCCAGGUUUCGCCAUCCAGUCCGCACCCACUCUACUGGCGGUACUGUCGCCAUCCAGUCCGCAUCGGUCGCAUCGCGGGAUUCACGGCAGGCCGGCAGCAUAGCGCCUGGAGUAGAAUAAGUGCAGCCCGACUAUACCAUCCCCGUGGGGGGAGAUGCCUGUAAGCGGUCGCGGCGCCGAGUGACUAGAGGGAGUCGUUGCUCGUAACCGGCACCGCAGAGUGUUUCUCGCCAUGGCUCUCACGUUCUGCACCGGACCCCGGCGCCCUCUAUACCGCCGCCUCCUCGCGCUCCCUGCGGUUCUCCUGCUGCUCGUCGCGUCGCCGCGCGCAUUCGUUCAGUCGCGCGUCGUGCUCUCCAUGGGCGCCAGCCCCGUCCCCGCGGACGCGGGCCAGCGCCGCUCGGGUGCGCGCGAGAGAAUACGCGAAGCGUUUGUUAGCGGAGUAACGGUUGAUAGUAUGGCGAAGGAACAUUGGAUAAAUGCCGAGACUAAUGCGGCGACCACUGCCGCGGGCGACGCAGGGACCGGCGCGGGCAGCGUGGACCCGACGACGUCGCCGGCGACUGGCGAAGCGCCGAUCGUCGCAGCGGUCGAACUUAUAGGGUCGACUUCCACGCCGGCUGGGGCCGCCUCGAGCCCGCAGUUUGCGGCGGAAAUCGCGGAGUUGUUGGAGGGGGAAGCGGGGGAAGAGGGGGGAGGAAAAGCGCAAGGGGGAUUGCAAGGGGGGAUGCCCCUCACGGGGCGGAUACGGGAAACGGUCGCGGUGAAGGCUGCGCCCUUAGUGCUGCCCCUGCAGCGGCUGGUGCGGCGGGGGAACUCGCGGGAGAGGAAGACAGGCGGGGGAGAGCGGGCAGGCGAAGAGGAGGCGCGGAGAGCGGGCGGAGGCGGGGAGGCGGGAACGCAGAGGCGGCAGUUGCGUGGGCUGCCGCUUGACCUGCGGGGAUCCGUGCUGGAGCUGGGGUACUACUACGUGACGCUGUACCUGGGGUCGCCCCCGCAGCGCUUCGCGCUGAUAGCGGACACGGGCAGCAGCAUCACCUACGUGCCCUGCGCCGCAUGCACGCACUGCGGUAACCACCAGGACCCGCGCUUCAACCCGUCGCUGUCGGCGUCGUACGCCACCAUCCCCUGCGCGCACUCCCAGUGCCUCACACACUCGUGCGCGCCCUCGGGGCUGUGCACGUACCACGGCAUCUACGCCGAGUCCAGCUCCACUCGCGGGCUGCUGGCCACCGACGUGCUCUCCUUCAGCCCGCCUGCUCCCACCCCGCCGUCCUCGGCGCCCACCCACUCACUGGCCCUCACGCCUUCCCCCAUGCACGCUGAAGAGGGUGCUGUUGCGCAUGUGCACGCACACAGGUCACUUGCAAGUCACCACUCGCUUGCAGAGCAGCAGUCCUCUGCCGCUGGUGCUGCUGCCGCCCUUGCCCAUCCUGCUGCUCCUGCUGCUGUCUCGGCUCCUACAGCAGCUGCCGUGCCGCUCAAUGCCUCGUUGCCCAGCCAGGCAGCGGGCACGGCGGGCGAGAGAGUGCUGGUGGCGAGUGAAGGCGGGACUGUGGCGGGCCGUGGAGUUGCCGGCAUGGGGAGAGCGACGCAAGAAGGCGUGGGGAAUGGUGGGAGCGAGGAGGGAGAGCAAGUGUCACAGUCAGCAGAGCAAGCUGCACCUGGCGGCCCAAGAUUUGUGUUCGGGUGCGAGCUGCAGGAGACGGGCGACCUGUAUCUGCAGCAGGCGGACGGCAUAGUGGGGCUGGGGCGCGACGCGCUGUCGCUGCCCAACCAGCUCAUGCGCGCCGGAGUCAUGCGAGAGGACGUCUUCUCCCUCUGCUUCGCUGCCCCCGCUGCCUCCACCGCUGCCGCUGUUGCUCAUGCUGCUGCUGCCGUUGGUGGUGGUGGUGCUGCGUCUGCUGUUGAGGCUGGAGCUUAUAUUGAUGCAGCCUAUAUGGUGAACAGGAGUAGCCAUGGUGGCGGCAAGCUGGAUGGAGGAGCGGGGGCAGGCAUUGCGCAUGGGCAGGCGCAGGGAGGGAGCGUGGAUGCGGAGGGGGAGGGGGGAGAGCUGAUUCUGGGGCGCAGUGAGGAGCUGCCCGGCACCAUCUGGACACCGCUGCACCCCAUGUCACGGGAGUCGCCCUACUACAUAGUGAGCGUGGAGGAGAUGCUGGUGGGGCGGCAGCGGGUGCGGGUGCCGGAGGCGGUGUGGGAGGAGGGGCCGUACGGGGGGGUGAUGCUGGACAGCGGCACCACCUUCACGUACCUGCCGUCGCUCGCCUUCCACGCCUUCACUGCGCUGGUGCUGGCGGCGGUGUCGCUCCCCCAGGUGCCCGGCCCAGAUGCCCGCUACACCGACAUCUGCUUCGCCAACGUCUCCAGUGGUGGCGGCAUGAACGGCGUCUUCCCGACGUCCACCAUCGUGUUCCGCAACGGCGCAUCGCUGCUGCUCAUGCCGCACAACUACCUCUUCAAGCACAAGAAGCAUGAGGACGCGGUUUGCCUGGGCGUGUUUGACAACGGCAACGGGGGCGCGCUCAUAGGAGGCGUGGCAGUGCGGGGUAUGCGAGUGACGUACGACAGGGAGCACCACCGCAUCGGGUUCGCCACCCACAACUGCCCCCUGCGCGCCAAUGCUGCUGCCGCCCCACCAUCGUUGCUAACACCCGCUGCUGCCCUGUCGAGCUCCCCAGCCCAGAACCUGGCGGACUCCCAACCCACACCGCAAGUUCCCCCGCAGUCUCACACCCCCUCCUCUGCUGCUCCUUCCCGCGCCUCUGCUGAGGCUAGAGCCACACCGGACCUAGACUCUAGGUACGGCAACCGAACCAAAGAGAUCACUGGCAGGGUGCGCAGCAGCAGUGGGAACGAUGGCAGGGGGGUUGACGAUGAGGGGAGCAGCAGUAAGGGUAUGAGCAGCAAUCCUAGGAAGGACUCAGCGGAAGCGCAGGGGCGGAGGGAGGAGCCGGUGGAGGGCAAUGGAAAGAGAGAGGAGGAGGCAGAGGAGGAGGGGGGAGUGGAAGAGACGGAGGAGGGGAAGCAGGUGGUCGAGUCGAAUGGGGUGGGGCAGGAGGGGGGGAAGGUUGGGCAGCAGGGGUGGGCGUUGGGGGGUGGUGAGGAGGAGUGGUGGGAUGCCGUGACUCGGGGGGUGCUGCUGGGAGGGGCGGCGGCUGGGGGUGAGGCAGGCAGAGGCGAGCUGGCGUCAUGGUUUGGAGGGAGUGAGAGGGAGAGGUUGGAGAGCAGUGGGCCGGCGGAAGAGGAGGAGGAAGAGGAAACGGAGGAGGAAAAAGGUGAAGGAAACAGUGAGGGGGGCGAAGGGAAAGCUCCAUCCAGCAGCAGUGGUGGCAGUGGGAGCGUGGGCGCCAUAGGCAGCGUUCUCCUGUCCCAGCAGCGGCCAGUCAUUCCCAGCCACCAGUGGUGGUGCCGCCACGCCGGCAGCAUCAAGGAAGCUUCCAGGCAGUAUUCCAGCAUCCGGUGGCGGUGCAAGGGGCGGAGCGGGCAGCGUGUUCUGUCGGACCUGGAGGAGACGCUGCAGGGCGGGGGGGCGCUGGGGGAUGUGUACCAGGAAGGGGGGCGGGCUACAGAAACGAGGGCGGAGGGUGUGGGGGCAGCAGGUGCAGGCAGGGACGGGGGGGAGCAACCUGGUUCUGCGGCAUCAGGCAUAGCAGUAGACGGUGAGGAGAAGCGAGGGGCAGCAGAGUCGACCCUGUACAGGCACCUGCAUCUGCAGCUGGUGUUCUCCGGCCGCCAUGCCCCUGUGCUGCCGCCAGUGCCAGCUCACUCAUCCUCAUCGCCCUCCACCGACCCGCCUGUCCCCCCCUUCCUCCCCACCCUGCUGCCAGCUGUCUCUGCCGCCCUGCACGUGCGGCGCAGCAGGGUGGGCGUGGCUGCCUUCGGCUCCACCACGCUGCUGCUGCCCUCACAGGCGACCCAAGGCGCCCCUUCCACCACCCCGCUGCUGCUGCCCGCGGGGUCAAUGGGGGGGCAGGGGGACGGACAAGGACAUGGAGGGAGUGGGGAUGGUGCUGGUGAUGAUGAUGACGAUGACGAUGCUGCAGGGAACCGUACAUCGGCUGCUGCAAUCAAUGGCGCCUCAGCAGCACAAGAGCUUUCAUCACACCCGUCAAGUUCUGCUUCCACCGCAUCCCUGUCGUCGCCUCCAGCGCACGUGCAGCGGCACUUCACCACUGUGUCCCUCGUCAUCGCGUGCCGCUCGCCGCGCUUCCACGCCACGGCACUGCCGUGCAACUGCUCGCUGGAGGCACGGCGCCUGGCAAGCCUGGUGAAGGCGGGAGGGUGCAAAGGCGUGGGAGAGCGGGUGCAGAUGGAGGAGGAGGAGGGAGGGGGAGAAGGCAGCGCUGGGGCGCCAGUGCUUCUGCACUGCUCCCUGCAUGCGCUGCUGCCCGCUGCUGCGUCCACCCAUGCUCUGCCACUCGCGUCCCGUGGCAGCACUUUGUCCCCUCGCACUGGCACCUCUCAUGAUCCAGGCGAGGGGCAGAUGGGCACGGAGGGAGUGGGGGAGAGUGAAGGAGAAAUGAAGGGCGGGGGUGGUGGGGCGCAUGGGAUGGUGGGUGAGUUGCUGCACAGUCUAGAGCACGUGGCGAGCUCAGCGCUUGGGGUCUCAUCCACGCAUGACGCGCAGGAGCAGGGAGGGCAAGGGGACUCUGAGGCGCCGUUCCUGCGCUCCAUCACUCUCACUCUCAGGGAGGAGCACGGCACCUCAGCCAUGUCCUUGGCCCAGGCCAUUCGUGCAGCACCUCCUACAGCGCCGGCUGUGGCGCGCAUGCGGGAGGAGCAGCGCCUGCAGUGGGCCGCUCUACUUGUUGUCUACGCGCUCGUGGCAGCAUGCUUGGCACUCAUCCUCAGAAUCCAGUUCAGACGAGGGGCCUUUGGGCUGGGCAUUGGCACCGGUGCUGCGGCGGCUGGAUCUGGUGCAAGGCCGCAUCAGCUGUGUUCGCACACUAGAACCGCUUUGCAUGUCAACUGUUCGUGCCCGGUAGCAAAGCGGGCUGCUGACACAUGUAGAGUGUGAAUUGUGGCACACAAGAUGUGGCUUCAGUAUCAGUAUGGUAGAGGUUUCCCCCAGCUUAUCAGUAUGGUGUGCCUCUCCACACUGGAACCAUUCCGCGCAGUAUGUGUCGGCCAGCAGAAUCAACCCUAUCACCGUCAGAUGAGCACCAGCCAAGCUCCCAGCGGCGAUCCACAGGCGUGCGCCUCCAAACAUCGUGGGUGGAUCUAAUGCCCGGCACGCGGCACUGCGCUGGGAGCAAAGCUCGCAUGCUUUGCGCGACGCUGUUGGAAAUACCUCAAAGACUUGAGCGUUUCUGAAGUGUAACACUACACUCGAGGAAAGUCGUAUCGGGUACGCGAGUCAACGGAGGUUACACAAAGAGGUUGGACGAAAGAAUACGAAAGGGCGAAGGGACUCGAAGGGUCGCAACCGGAGGUUGCGAUUGACCGUCGCGACUGCAAGGGUGGUGACCGAACCGACAAUCGAGUCGCUGU